UCGUAAGUUGCGCGCUCACGGCGCCUGGUCGAUCCUGGCUGAAUGUCAGUAUGAGCACGAGCGCUGCUCUCUAGUGUGCACCUGUGAAAGACAUUCAUCUGUCUCGUGAGGAGAAACAUCACAUUCCAGCGUGCGCUUCCAGAGGAAUGCCGUCAUCUCAACACUUCGCAUCACAGUAUGAUUUGUGGCAAAUGAUGGCAUAGACCACCACGGUCAAGAUCUUUGAACACAAUGCUGUGAUGACAUGCAGCUCGAUUAACGCACACAGACAGAAGCUGUCAGAUGAAUAAGCAGCACUUCUACAGGCAUGAAUUCAAAUGAAACAGAUGCCGACGAGCCCAGCAAAAACACAUGUGGCCUGAUUUUCCUCUCCCUCACGCUUUCGUUUCUUGCUAUACUGACGAUGGCCAUGAACUGCUUGGUCAUUACAGCCAUCAUCGUCACACGCAAGCUGCACCAUCCCGCAAACUAUCUCAUUUGCUCACUGGCCGUGACCGACCUUUUGGUGGCCGUAUUAGUCAUGCCCUUCAGCAUUGUCUACAUUGUGAUGGAGACGUGGGUCAUGGGUGAAGUCAUGUGCAACAUCUGGUUAAUCGUGGACAUAACCUGCUGCACGUGCUCCAUUCUGCACCUAGCAGCCAUCGCUGUGGACCGAUACCGUGCCAUUACGGACGCAGUGGAGUAUUUGAGAAAGAGGACAUCUCUACGGGCCGCCAUCAUGAUCAGCGUGGUGUGGCUCCUCUCGAUAGUGGUCUCUCUGCCGCCAAUGCUGUUGAGACCCCAGGAAGACAACACUUGCAUCAUUAAGCACGACAACAUCGGCUCUGUGCUUUACUCCACAUUGGGGGCUUUUUACAUCCCGCUAAUACUCAUUCUCAUUCUCUACUACAAGAUCUACCGAGCAGCAAAGACUCUUUACAACAGGAGAGCCAGCUGCCUCAGCAAGUCGGAGAUGAAUGGACACAUGCUUCCCAAGUGCAGCGACCGGGAGCCGACGUCCCCGGACACCCUAAGCCCUCCAGAGAAAUCGCUGUCUGAUCCCUCCACCGAAGGUGACAGAGUGCGCAUCGCUGGGAAAAGCCCAAAGACUCAGUCUUGCAGAGAACGGUCCAUCAGGAGAUAUCGCAUCUCCAGCACACAUGAAAGGAAGGCCGCCACCACUCUGGGACUCAUUAUAGGGGCUUUUGUCAUCUGCUGGCUGCCGUUCUUCAUCCAUGAGGUGAUUGUGAACUUGUGUAAGUCCUGCACUCCAUCUCCUGAGAUGACCAACUUUCUGACUUGGCUGGGCUAUCUGAACUCUCUCAUCAACCCGCUGAUUUACACCAUCUUUAACGAGGAUUUCAAAAGGGCUUUUCAGAAGUUAAUCAAGUGCAAGAAUUAUCUCUAACACCAGUGAAGGGAUUGAAAAAAAAAAGAAACAUUCAAAGAAAUUAAAGGGGUCAUCGGAUGCUACAUGCACUUUUACAAGUUGUUGGAACUGAAAUGUGUGUUUGCAGUUGUGUACACAACCACCCUGUA